UCCAAAUCCAUCGAACAUGAUAUGGCACCACAGAUCGUCAAGCUAGAUGACGCGUUACAGGAACUGUUACAGUCACAAGUGACAAUCAGGACAUAUGAAGACGCCAUCCGAGAGUUGGUGGAAAACAGUGCCGACGCAGGUGCCUCCGAGAUCAUCAUCAAGCUAGACUUCCAAUCGCUAAGUGUUUUAGUAAAAGAUACCGGCACAGGAAUUGCUCCAAGCGACCUAGCCAGUGUUGGAAGUAGAUACCAUACCUCCAAGUUCCACGAGAGGGACCAAAUAAUUACGACAUUUGGGUUUCGGGGCGAGGCAUUGCACUCAUUACGUGCCAUCAGUAAUCUCACAAUUGUCUCAAAACAAAAGGGCCUGAAGCCAUACAAGUCAUGGGAUGGCUCAGUUGAACCCUUCGAAGAGCUCGAGCUUGCCAAUUUCUUCCAGAUUGGCGAUCUCGGUGAGUCAGGUACCUCCGUUACCGUCACCAACCUCUUCUCAAGUGUGCCUGUCAGAAGAAAGCAACAGAUGCAAGUACCUGAGUAUAGGACAAUUGAAAGCAUCAAGCAAUCUUUGCUUCGUGUUUUGUGCAGAUACUCGGGUAUUCGCAUGGAAGUCUACAAGACUAACUACACUUUAAAUGCCCUUGACUGCAUCAUUUUGAUUGACCUGGGUAUUAAGUCAUCAGAGAAGUACUCAUCUAUAAUAAGGAACUUGUUUGGAAAGUCAGUUUUACCUUCAUUUGAGUCCAUCAAUUACACGUUCGAUCCCUUUAAGCUCAGUGGAGUGAUUGGAAAAUCAUGCAUCAGUUCGAAAUCUCAUCAGUAUAUAUUUAUCAAUGGAAGAGGCGUGAUUCUUCCCUCAAAUCAGUUGAAAGCGAUCAACAGAUGGCUCACUCAGACCAUGCUUGAUGCCAACGAUUCAAGUCCGACGAAAUCGAAGCGUCAUUUUUACAAGUACCCCAUUUUCUUGUUAAACUUCAUCACCGAGACCAAAUUGGAAGACUUGAUUCAUGACGAUAUCAGGGGCUUUUACUACAAGAAUUCUGAUGUGAUCUUCAAAAUGGUGGAAAGGGUCUUCGAACGUUUUCUUUCUUCACAAGGAUACCAAGUCGAGAGGUUAAGCACGAGCAUGCUUUUAAGUCCGGACCCCAGGGCAAAACGCACUAGAUCUAAUCCGACCUCACCCACUCGAAGGACUAAUCCUAAAAUUAGUUCUCCUAGUCGGCAAGGGUCUCCAACAAAAAAUACGGUUUCAAAUUUGAAGUAUUUCCAAGCUUCACCUUCAAUGAACCUUAAAUGCAAUCUGUUGAAUCUUGCCCCACCAAUGCCUAAUUUUGAAAGUAGCAAUCUUGUUAGCCCCAAUCACUCUUGUGAAGAUGAAGAUGAUACUUUGUAUCCUGAGAUACCAGUGGGAUUUCAAUUAAGUCGAAAAGAUCUAUUGCAAGGAUAUCAUAUUGUAGGUCAAGUUGAUAGAAAAUUCAUUUUAAUCAAGAUCGAUAACCCAACCUACAAGGAAGGUUCUUCACAUUCACCAAUUUUAGCGAUUCUUGACCAACAUGCAUGUGACGAACGGGUAAGGAUAGAAGGUUUACUUAAGGACUUUAUAUUGCAAGCACUAGACCCAAGUAUAAAUAUACUGUUGAAGUUGGUCGAUUCUAUUCAAAUUCGAGUCCUUGAAACAGAGCAGGAGUUGUUCACACGAUUUGAGAAGAACUUAAACUCUUACGGAAUUCGCUACCGUAUUGUGGGUAAUAUGGUGAUAAUAACCCAUUUACCUCAUAUAAUCAUUCAGAAGACUAUGGAUAAUGAGUUCCUUAAAUUCUGUUUAAUUCAACACUUGUAUGAUUUGGACAAUCAAAUCAAGCAAGAGGACAUAAAUGUAUCGAAAGAUGAAUGGUUUCGAAUGGUUCAACAUCUUCCCCGAAUUAUUGUUACGCUAUUCAAUUCCAAAGCGUGUCGGUCUUCAAUUAUGUUCGGCGACGAAUUGAGCAAAAGUGACAUGAAUAACAUGAUACAGAUGCUACAGCAGUGUCAUUUGCCUUUCCAAUGUGCCCAUGGAAGACCCUCAAUUACACCGCUAACAAAUUUGGAAGGUCAUGGAUCCAACAGUAACCCUAGUAUAUAGAAUUGAAUUUCAAAAGAAACGUAGCAUUUAAAAGUCUAUAGGUGCAAAAACUUAAGAAAAAUGGACGAGUCCGG